CUCCCAACAGUACUGCGAAAUGCUGUAGCAGCAGCUAGUUUUAGCUGCUGCUCCCUAGACUCAGCCCACACACAUGAAACAUUCCACACAGGAUUGCACUGCCCUCGAAACCCUUCAGAUAAUCAACAACUUCACCGCUGCCUCCGCUGCACUACAGGUGGAUUAGGACUCGUCUAAAGAACAGAAAAAGAUCUGCCACACCGUGAGUGAAAGAGCGGGAAGAUGGCCUCGUUGUUUCGAAGUGAGGAGAUGUGUCUGACGCAACUUUUCCUGCAAGUGGAGGCUGCUUACUGUUGCAUUUCUGAGCUGGGAGAGCUUGGCCUCAUGCAGUUCCGUGAUCUGAACGCAAGUGUCAACCUGUUCCAGCGUAAGUUCGUAAAUGAAGUUAGACGCUGUGAGGUGAUGGAGAGAAUUCUUCGAUUUCUGGAGAUUGAGAUGGAAAGGGAUAUGAUUGUCGUUCAGGAUGACGGUGAGAAUCCACAGGCUCCUUUUCCAAAAGAUAUGAUUGACCUGGAGGUUGUUCUGGAAAAGCUGGAGCACGAUCUGAGUGAGGUUAACCGGAACCAGCAAACUCUCAAGCAGAACUUCCUUGAACUCACUGAGCUCAAACACCUGCUGAAGAAAACGCAGGACUUCUUUGAGACUGAAGCAAAUUUAACAGAUGAUUUCUUCAGCGAAGACACUAUGCAUCUGUUGGAGUUGCAGUCUGCAACCGCGGUGAUUGCGCCUGGCAGAUUAGGGUUUAUAGCCGGUGUGAUUCGGAGGGAGAGGAUGGCUGCCUUUGAACGCCUGCUCUGGAGAGCUUGCAGAGGGAACGUCUACAUGAAGCAGUCAGAGAUGGAGGUUCCUUUGGAAGAUCCAAGCACUCUCGUGGAGGUACAGAAGAAUGUGUUCAUCAUCUUCUAUCAAGGAGAGCAGCUGAGGCACAAAGUGAAGAAGAUCUGUGAUGGGUUCCGUGCCACCAUGUACCCAUGUCCCGAGUCGGCCAGCGAGCGCCGAGAGAUGGCUGCUGGUGUGAAAACACGCAUCGAGGACUUGAAUACGGUACUUAACCAGACUGAAAGCCAUCGUCGCCGUGUCCUCCAGGAAGCAGCCAAGAACCUGCCGAACUGGCAGGUGAAGGUGAAGAAAAUGAAGGCCAUUUACCACACCCUGAACCUGUGCAACAUCGACGUGACUCAGCAGUGCCUGAUCGCAGAGACCUGGUGCCCCGUGGCUGAUAUGGACCGGAUCAAGAAGGCGCUCAACCAGGGGAAGGAGCGCAGCGGUUCCAGUGUUGAUCCAAUCAUGACAGUUGUGCAAACGCACAUGGCACCGCCCACCUUCAACAGAACCAACAAGUUCACGGCUGGGUUCCAGAACAUCGUGGACGCCUAUGGUGUUGGGACAUAUCGAGAGAUGAAUCCUGCUCCUUAUACAAUCAUCACAUUUCCAUUCCUGUUUGCUGUUAUGUUUGGAGAUUGUGGGCAUGGAGCAGUCCUCCUGGGAUUUGCACUCAUUAUGAUCAUUAAUGAGAAAAACUUUGCUGCCCAGAGAGGGGGCAAUGAGAUCUGGAAUACUUUCUUCAGUGGACGCUAUCUCAUCCUGCUGAUGAGUGUAUUCUCUAUUUACACUGGAUUCAUCUACAAUGACUGCUUCUCAAAAUCCUUCAACAUAUUUGGAUCCUCGUGGCAUGUCCGAGGGAUGUAUCAUAGUGGACAGUGGAGUCCGGAGGUCGUUGAGAACAAUGUGCUGCUCCAGUUAGACCCUGCUGUUUCGGGUGUAUUCUCAGGAAAUCCAUAUCCAUUUGGCAUUGAUCCGAUUUGGAACAUUGCCUCAAACAAGCUAACUUUCCUCAACUCCUAUAAGAUGAAGAUGUCGGUUAUUCUUGGUGUUACACAUAUGGUGUUUGGUGUGGUCAUCAGCCUCUUUAAUCACGUCUAUUUUAACAACAAAGUCAACAUCUUCCUUCAGUUCAUACCGGAAAUGAUCUUCAUGUUGAGCUUAUUCGGUUACUUGGUCUUCAUGGUUAUUUUUAAAUGGUGUUUUUACCAUGUCGGGAUCUCCCAGUCUGCACCCAGUAUUUUAAUCCACUUCAUCAACAUGUUUCUGUUUUCUUACAAUGACGCUACCAUUGCACCCUUAUACACAUAUCAGAAAGAGGUUCAGAGUUGUCUGGUGAUCAUUGCUCUCAUUUCUGUCCCAUGGAUGUUUCUCUUGAAGCCUUUUAUGUUGCGAUCAAAACACAAGAGAUCUCAGCAAACGGUGCUGACGGCACAAGAAAAUGUCUACGCCUCGGCAGUAGGAGAUGCAGAUACCUUGCAGCCCCAGCAGAGGAGCUCCACUGACCACACCGACGGCCAAGAGAAUCAACAUGCUGAAGAGUUUGACUUUGGUGAUGUCUUUGUGCACCAAGCAAUCCACACUAUCGAGUACUGCCUCGGAUGCAUCUCCAACACUGCCUCCUAUCUCCGGCUCUGGGCUCUAAGUUUAGCUCACGCAGAGCUAUCUGAAGUGCUUUGGAGCAUGGUCCUGCACAUUGGGCUGAGCAGUGUUUCCUGGGGUGGCAUCAUAGGAGUCUUCAUCAUUUUUGCAAUCUUCGCCGUCUUGUCUGUUGCCAUUCUGUUGGUGAUGGAAGGACUGUCUGCUUUUCUGCACGCACUACGUCUUCAUUGGGUGGAGUUUCAGAAUAAGUUCUACAGUGGAGCUGGCUACAAGUUUAACCCGUUCUCUUUCAAAUCAAUUCUGGAUGGAAAUCCGGAUGAAUAAAGUGGCAUCUCAGAAUAAAGUACAUUAGUACAAAGAACACAAUGGAUCAGCUAUGGAUUCAAAAGAUUAUAAAUCAACCAAAUCACCCAUUGAUCUUAUUAACAUAUGAAUAAUUGAUUCUGAAGAGAUAUAAUUCAUGAAAUUUAAUUUUUUGCAAGCAUUUCAUGACUUACUAAUAUGGAAGUGGAAUCAGAUGUUGAAAUGUAAUUGGUGAUGAAAGCUA